AUGGCUGGCCAUCUAGUUUCGAGCAUUUGCAAGGAUAUGCGAAGCGAGCACAAUGUGGUUGAGGCGCAAGUUCACAAUUCAAGUGAUGCUGUUGUGACAUUACGUGAAGUUAACCUACAAUCAGCUGGGCGAUUUCGUUGUGAAGUAUCGGGCGAGGCACCCUCAUUUCAGACAGUAACGGAACAUGGUGAUAUGGUUGUUGUAUCCUUACCUGACCAAGGUGCCCCGAAAAUCACAGGUGGCCGUCCUCGUUAUCAAAUCGGUGAUACUGUGCGCAUAAACUGCACUGCCGGUCGUUCAAAACCUGCCGUCCAGCUGGCAUGGUUUAUUAAUGGCGAACCAGCCGAACCUUAUCAGUUGAGAAAAUAUGAUCCAGUUUUAUGGGGUCGUGAUGGUUUGGAAACAUCCAUCUUGGGUCUCCAAUUCCGUGUCGACCAACAUCAUUUUCGUAAUGGCGAUAUGAAAUUGAAGUGUGUUGCAUCACUUUCCACCUUCUACUGGCGCAGCAAUGAAGAAUCCGUUGAAGGCGAUCGCCCUCAAAAAGCGCCCGUACUCGAAUCCCGCGAAACUGUGUACGCCAGCAAUUCAAGAGCUGAUCCCGUACAAGGUAUGUCAUUGCGGGAAAGUUUUGUUACCAAAAUUUUAUCGUUUUUCAUUCAACCAAAUGCAGCCACUAAUAAAACGGAUUCCACAAUGACAACAAUAAAGCCCUCCACAUUAAUAUUGCUGAUAGCGAUGGCUUUACUGACAUCAAGUGGCUGUUUCGAACAGCUACAUUUCAAUGGUGGACGAGGGGGUGGUGGUGGUACAAAAAAACACAGUCACAAAACCAGCCAGUCUGGAGAGGAAAAUUCCGAAAAGGAAAUAACUAACAAAUCAAGUUAUGACAUAGACGCUGAUGAUGACGAUAACAAAGACGAAGAAGAUACAGUGAAUAAUGCUGGCAAGGAGUACAGGCAUCAUGACUGCAAUGUGAAGGAUGAUGGUGAUAUCGGCUCGAAAAGUUGUGGCCACAACCUGGCUAGCAAAGUCCUGCAGAGACAAGUUGUUAGGGCUCUAUCGAAAGAAAUGCACUUUAAUAAGGAAAUGUCAUGUCUGCCAAUAAUGUUGACAAACACAACAGUCCCCAAUGCCAUCACCACCACAACCUCCACCUCCACCAUUACCACUACAAACGCAACAAUACCGAGCACAAUUUCAGUGUACCAUCAGCACGCAUUUAAUGUGACAACAUCCGUUUCCCUUGAACAAAUAUUUAAGUCCUGUAACUCCUACAAUGCGAAAACAUCUAGACCGUCAUUAUUAACGUUGCCGUCAUCAUUGUUAUCGUCAUCGUUGUCGUCAUGCUCAUCUUUGCCAUUGUCCUCGCCCUCAUGCUUGUCAUCUUCGUCAUGCUACUUGCUGGGCGGCGAAUCAGCCUUCACAGCUCAGCAAGACCAACAGCAGCAGGGCCAAAGCUUGGUAGCAUCAAGGUAGCUAUUUAAUUGAAUUAAAUAUAACAUCAUCAGCAGAAAGAGCAGCAGCCAGAGCAUGAAUAGAAGAAUUUUUGUUCGAUAACUUUUAUCUAUCUUACAAAAAAAAACGAAAAAAAACAUUACAUUUUCUGCGUACCCAAAAAAAAAACCGUGAACUAACAUUCAAACAACAAGAACAAAAAGUAUAGAAUUUAGUUUUUAGUUCCUUAUCAGUUUUUUGUGUAAUUAUUAUUAUUUAGAGUAAAAAAGCCAAG